GUCAGCAACCUGCAAUUGAACGAAUGAACUAACGAGCGAGCGAGCCCUUACCGGAGCUACCGGGAGGCAGUAGAGUUACAGAGCGAGAUCCCGCCGCCCGCCUCGGAGGAGCCAAACGGAGGAAGGUCCACUGCGAGCCGCCGUGAGAACCAAACGAUGCGAGCGCUGCUCCCCGCCGCCAAGCAACAAAUUGCCUAACGUUAUUAUCGAACGAGCGGAGAAGCAGUGAGCCGUUACCGUGAUUUACCGACAGAUACACAGUUACACAGAAGGAAGACGGACUGGCGGACGGACAGUAAACAAGUAACCACCGAGACCGUGCUUGAGAAAAAACACACACACAACCGCGGUGGCCACAUCGUGCUGCGUUUGCGUUGUGGAUUCAAACCGAGCGCAGCCUCGAUUUUAAAUGAGUUAGCGGUGUCGUAGCCCCGGCUUGAAUCGAGAGGGAGCUGCCCAGAGAGCGAGAGAAAGAGGGAGCAUAGAGGAGUUGAAGGCAUAGCACAGAGAGAGAGAGAGAAAAAAGGAGGAAAUAACACCAAGACAGGAAAAAGAAGGAUUUGCAACUAGCUUUGUUGCCACGCAAAAGUUUCAUUGAAUCCCCAUUUUACUGCCUGUAUCACCGUGGAUACCGGUAUCGGUAACGCUAUCAAGCUGUGCUCUCUAACCAUGGGAUGUACUCUGAGCGCGGAGGAGAGGGCGGCUCUGGAUCGGAGCAAAGCCAUCGAGAAAAACCUCAAGGAGGACGGUGUCACCGCGGCCAAAGAUGUCAAACUGCUGCUGCUCGGGGCUGGAGAAUCAGGGAAAAGCACCAUCGUCAAACAGAUGAAGAUCAUCCAUGAGGACGGUUUCUCUGGCGACGACGUAAAGCAGUACAAGCCUGUGGUUUACAGCAACACCAUCCAAUCUCUGGCUGCCAUCGUCCGUGCCAUGGAUACGCUGGGCCUGGAGUACGGAGACAAAGAACGGAAGGCGGAUGCUAAGAUGGUGUGUGAUGUGGUCAGUCGUAUGGAGGACACAGAGCCUUACUCCGCCGAGCUGCUCUCCGCCAUGAUGCGUCUGUGGUCCGACUCAGGGAUCCAGGAGUGUUUCAGCCGCGCCCGCGAGUACCAGCUCAACGAUUCAGCGCAGUACUACCUAGACAGCCUAGAUCGGAUCGGUGCGGCAGACUACCAGCCCACGGAGCAGGACAUCUUGAGGACCCGAGUGAAGACCACGGGCAUCGUCGAGACACACUUUACCUUCAAAAACCUCCACUUCAGGCUGUUUGAUGUGGGAGGUCAGAGGUCGGAGAGGAAGAAGUGGAUCCACUGUUUUGAGGAUGUCACAGCUAUCAUUUUCUGUGUGGCGCUCAGCGGAUACGACCAGGUGCUGCAUGAGGACGAGACCACGAACCGUAUGCACGAGUCUCUGAAGCUGUUUGAUUCCAUCUGUAACAACAAGUGGUUUAACGACACCUCCAUCAUCCUCUUCCUGAACAAGAAGGACCUCUUUGAAAGCAGGAUCAUCAAGUCACCACUGUCCGUCUGCUUCCCUGAGUACACUGGUCCAGACACUUACCUGGAGGGAAUAGACUACAUUAAGGGUCAGUACGAGAGCAAGAACAAGUCACCCAGCAAAGACGUCUACUCCCAUGUGACCUGCGCUACAGACACCAACAACAUCCAGUUUGUCUUUGAUGCUGUCACUGAUGUCAUCAUAGCAAAUAACCUGCGAGGGUGUGGCCUGUACUGAUGAUUCUCUUAAAUGUUAGCCAGUGUUUGACCUGUGUUUACCUAUAUGGUACCAGUUUGUACCACAUAGGAUAUGUGGCCCAUAUCAGUGAAGUCAUCAAAUGAUAGCCAGGCAAAUAUGGGGUAUGGGCUGUGUUUGUGAUGUCAUCAUACUGCUUUACCGUAAGGCUGGCUGUUAGUUCAUCUUGACUCUUAAUUCAUUAAUUGAUUCUUUGAACGGUUGGUUGGUUCGUUGAGAGUUGUUUCAAUGCGUUUGCCUUUUUUUACUUCCUCCUAAAGAAGAACCAAUGGAAAAUUCCAGUAACUUUGUGCUAGGGCUGGGCGAUAUGGCCUAAAAAAAAAAUUCCCUGUUUUUUUUGUUUUGUUUUUUUUUCACAAAAAAU